UGGCAGAAACAAGCUUCUGUAGUUUUGCUUCAUUAUUUGUGCUUUAGAAUAGAAUUGCACAAGAAGAUUAAACACUAAGUGCUGGUCUUUACAUGUUUCAUCCAAAACUGCCAUCAAAUAUAUUCCAAAAGUGCUCUUUCUACUAAUUUGUUUUUUUUCCAUUUUGAAAAUGAAUCAUGUUUCAUGCUGGAAAUUUGUCAACUCCUACAGAUCGAUGAAUUUAUGUAUCAUUCUAUUUGAGACUGUAUACGACUCACAUUGUUGGAACUAAAAGAAAAUCUGCGGGUUUAUCAAAUAUUAGUCAGAUAAUUGUGUGAUUGAGUGGAAAUACUCAUAUAAACAGACUUGUGUGGAUUGCUGCCACUACUGAUCAUUACGCAGUGUUUUCCAGUUAUUCAUGGAAAGUGUUGUGAUUUGUGGCUGUGUCUGAAUGAAGUGAAAACCGGAGCUUGUAAUGCAGUUGUUUGUUGAGGUCACCGUGAUGAGCGCAUGCACACAUCAGAGUGUUUAUUCCAGUUUCAGUGCAGCAACAAACCAAAAGAAAAGCACUGUGUGUGAGUGGAGGUUGUACAGUGAUUGAGAGUGUGAGGGAUUCCCCCAUCAUGAGCUUAAAGCCCAUGGCACUCGUACUCCAGCAAACACACACACACCGAGACUGAGUCUGAGCGACGACACAUCAUGAAGAUCUGCGCUGUGUUCUGUGUAUUUGUGGCUCUUGCUCUGGGCUCUCCGGUUCCUCCGAACACACAGCAGUGUGAAUGCAGCGCCGCCGCCAGAUCUCUGCUCUCCAGCCUCUCACACAUCAUGCAGAAGGAGGGGAAGAUGAAGCACAGGGAUCUGUUUGCUGGCUUUAACUGCACAGAUCUGGAGGCUCAGAUGAUUCCUCACACUCUCACAGCAUCUGUCUGUCAGCCCCGUGCCUCUGAUGAUAAAGCGUCCUGCUCCAGCCACCGGAGCUCGUCUUUCAGUGAGACGGAGUGUCUGACGAACAUCAGAGCCGAUCUGCGCUAUUACCACGUGAUGCUGAACUCCUACAAGCCCAGCGAGACUGAUCUGAGUCCAGUGAAGACGGCCACCAAAGCCCUGAUGGAUUGUUUGGAUGAGAACUGUGAGGCUGCGGAUGGAGAGUUUCCUCAGUGGCUCGUCUGGAGCGGCUCGUCCUUCGAUGACCGUCUGUCGCUGUGCAAAGCGCUGAAGGGCUUCCACAUCCGGGCCAUCACCGUGAACCGGGCGCUGGGGUACAUCGGCUCCGGAGAGCACAGGAAAUGAUGUCACUCACUCCGGAGAGUCACACAUAAGCUGAAUAUUUAUGUUCAUCCCUCAAUCUAUUUAUUUGUUUUGAGAAAUUAUUUAUUUAUGUGU